UCAUCAGUCAGUUCAACUGCAUUAAUCUUCCUUCAUUUCAUUUACACACCAAACCCAAGCAAGUGUACAAUGAAGUCCUUUGUAUGCGUAGCACUCCUUUGCGCUUUGGCGACCGUAAAUGCUGGAUAUGCGGGCAGUUACGGAGGCCAUGACGAAGGUGGCCACGAUCUCUCUCAUACUGUAGAAAUCCACAAACCUGUACCAGUACCCAUAAUCAAACAAGUCAGCAUCCCUAUCCCUCAUGCAGUACCAGUACCAGUUCCCAAACCAGUAGCAGUACCAGUACCACAGCCUUAUCCCGUCCACGUCCAUGUACCUCAGCCCGUCGCUGUCCCCGUCAUCAAGACCAUCACCGUUCCCGUCGAGAAGCCAGUACCAUUCAAGGUAGAAAAAGAGGUACAUUACCACGUGGAAAAACCAGUGCCAGUCCCAGUGGAGAAGCACGUGCAGAUCCCCAUUCCCAAACCAGUGCCCGUUAAGGUGCCCGUCUACAAGACCAUCUACCAUCACAGCAAGCACUGAUCCGAGAAAAGGCUGUUACCAUCAUCGCUCAUCCUCAUAGUCAUCCUUCAUUGUUGUUUUUGUUAUUGUUGUUUUAUUUUUACUAAAUUAAAUAAGUUUUUCUAAUA